AUGACCCUAAUUGCACCCAGUAUCCUUCUUCUCCUCUUUCUUAUUGGCCCUGGCAUUGAUUCCAUGCUUGAGGGCCACUGGGAACCUCAAGGCUCAUCUUGGUGUGAACCCAUUCCUCCCAGCAUGGCUCUGUGUCAUGGCCUGGGCUACACCAGUAUGCGUUUGCCCAAUUUGUUGGGACAUGAUUCACCUGGGGAGGCUGUGCAACAGAGUGCCAGCUGGUUGCCACUGCUUGCCCGUGAGUGCCACCCUCACGCUCGCAUCUUCCUCUGUUCGCUGUUUGCACCCGUCUGCCUGGACAGAUUUAUUUCUCCAUGUCGGAGUUUGUGCGAGUCUGUAAGAGACAGCUGUGCACCCAUCAUGAGUUGCUAUGGUUACCCCUGGCCUAGAAUCCUUCAGUGUGAUCAGUUUCCAAAGGAUCACCUCAUGUGUAUCUCUUCAAUCACUCAAGGUCAAAAUGGUACUGCCAGCGGACGCAAAGCAAUGCCACAGGCUAGCUGUGCUGACUGUGAACUGGAGGAAGCCUCCUCGGCUAAAGAGUUACUAGAGCUGUUCUGUAGGAGUGACUUUGUGGUAAAAGUGCGGCUGUCCAGGCUGAACUCAAGCAGUUCAGGUCUGGCUAAAUUCACUCUUGGCUCACGGCUGGAGGUUCUGAAGCACGGUCCAUUACUGGGUGGUGAAAUUCCAGGCAGGUUGUCACUGUGGCUGGAACGAGAUGCCACCUGUGUGGGCAACCUGAGUAAACACCACCCUAAUGGGGGAACCUUUCUACUGAUGGGUACUGUGACAGGUGAACGUCUGCUAGUGAAUAGAGCUUUCAGCUGGUCCAAACGCCAACGUAUCCUCAACAACGCAGCACGCAAGUGGAAACGUCACAGGUGUAGGGGGUAG